GUGAGGUGGCCGCCGUCUGGCCCCGCCCCUCUCGCGCAGCCAUGGCAGAGCGCGAGGAGCGGCGCUUCGUGGAGCUGCCGCGCGAGUCCGUGCGCCUGAUGGCGGAGAGCGCGGGGCUGGAGCUGCCGGACGAGGUGGCCGCGCUACUGGCCGAGGACGUGUGCUACCGCCUGCGGGAGGCCGCCCAGAACAGCGCGCAGUUCCUCAAGCACACCAAGCGCCGCAAGCUCACCGUGGAGGAUUUCAACCGGGCCCUCCGCUGGAGCAACGUGGAGGUGGUGUGCGGCUAUGGCUCCCAGGACCCCCUUCCCUUCCGUGCUAUCAAGGAGGGGGAGCUCUACUUCCAGGAGGACCGUGAGAUCAAUCUCGUGGAGUUGGCCCUGGCCACCAACCUCCCCAAGGGCUGUGCAGAGACGGCGGUGAGAGUUCACGUCUCUUACCUGGAUGGGAAAGGAAAUCUGGAACCGCAGGGAGCUGUGCCCAGCGCUGUCUCCACACUCUCAGAUGACCUGCUGAAGUACUACCAGCACGUGACCCGAGCUGUGCUUGGGGAUGACACCCACCUAAUGAAGGUUGCCCUCCAAGACCUGCAGACCAACUCGAAGAUCGCAGCCCUGCUGCCCUACUUUGUCUACGUGGUCAGCGGGGUGAAGUCAGUCAGCCAUGACCUGGAGCAGUUGAACCGCCUGCUGCACAUUGCCAAGAGCCUCAUCCAGAAUCCCUACCUGUGCCUGGGUUCCUAUGUCAAGAGCCUGAUUGCCAGCGUCAUGUACUGCGUGCUGGAACCACUUGCGGCAUCCAUCAACCCCCUCAAUGACCACUGGACACUCCGGGACUAUGCUGCUAUGCUCCUUAGCCACAUUUUCUGGACACAUGGUGACCUGGUCAGUGGCCUAUACCACCAGAUCCUGCUGUCCCUCCAGAAGGUGUUGGCUGAUCCGGUGCGCCCACUUUGUUCUCAUUAUGGGGCAGUGGUGGGGCUGCAUGCCCUGGGAUGGAAGGCAGUGGAACGAGUCCUCUACCCCCAUCUCUCCACCUACUGGGCAAACCUGCAGGCCGUGCUGGAUGACUACUCUGUCUCCAAUGCCCAGGUGAAGGCUGAUGGGCACAAGGUGUAUGGAGCCAUCCUGCUCUUCUUUUGCCAGGUGGCAGUGGAGCGCCUGCUGAAGAUGAAGGCGCAGGCAGUGUCUGUGUCUGCGGCAGCCCAGGGGGACAGGCUGUGUAGGGAUGGGUGCUGGCGGGAGAGCUCUCCCUGGCUUAGCCCCCUGCAAGAUCCCCAGGUGGAGUUCAGCUUUGGCAUUGCCAGCCACCUGCUGCAGAUGGGCAGCGGGGGCCCCCAGCUGGGCACUGGCAUCUCUGCUGACUCUCCCUCAGUCUCCCUGCACGAGACCUACCAGGAGCUCUACGACUUCUUUGGAGACAGCCUGGCCACCCGCUUUGGCACGGGCUCAGGGCUGCACUUGCCUGAGCCAACGCCUCCUGGCCCCAAGGUCUUGGACACCAAGAAAGAGCAGCCAGCCUUUGGCACAGGGGAUGUGGUGCGCAAGAUGCCCCAGCUGACAGCCAAUGCCACGGUGAGCCCUCGGGAAGAGGAGAGCCCCCGGGCAGAUUACCCACCAGGCAGGCCAGCUCUGCAUCGUUCAGCCAGUAUGCCCCGCUCUCGGAGUGCAUCACGCCAGCAGGGCCACCGGCCUGGGGUCCGCGAUGUCUUCCAGAAGUGCCGCUUCACUCCUCAAGGGCCACCUCACUUCAGCUUUGUAAUCGCUGGGCGGCAGGUGGGCCUGCGAUGUCAGGGCCGACGGUUCCAGACCUGCUUUCCGCAGCAUCAUGGCCCCAGCCACAUUUCCCGCUAUGCACAGAAGCUGCCCAUGAUCGGCAGGACCAGCAAGCCUGUAAAGAAGUGGGCCCACUCAGAGUACUCCCUCUACCUGCCUCUCUGAGGAUUGCUCCAGGACUUCAGUGCAUGGCCACGCUCCAUCUGGGUUCUUCCCUGGACCUCUGAGUAUCCUUUGUUGGAUGUACUGGGGGGCCCCCUCUCAAGCCAAACCCCCAGGAGAGGGCUGUCUCUUCUACAGUGCUGGGGAGCUACCCAGCAAUCUCUGGACUCCGUAAGGAGGGUUGAAGACACAUUCUGCCCUCAGCAGUGCUGCCUGUGUGACUCCAAAGGGCCAGCCAGGGUUUUCUGCUGUGCGAUGGCUUCACCUGUGUACAUGGGCGAGGAGGUGCUUAUAGGGCUCAGGGCCUCUGUGCAUUUUAGGUACAAUGCCCAGCCCCAGACACCACCGUCUAACUGAAGCAUCUUAGCGCCCUCAGCUCCAAGAGGAGUGCUGAGUCCACAAGGGUAGGACGUGGCUUGGAGCUGG